AGCAACUAGUAACAGUAGGCUCGUCCCCUUUUGCCAUCUUUAACUCUGGGCCUGGACUGAUGUUAACACCAGCUUGAUCUUCUCUCUUGUUAUCUCUGCUUCAACUUUUGAUAAAAGCUUGUUCCAGUCAGAGAGAUGAAGAAGCUCUGUCACCUGUAUAACAACAUCCUGAUAGUCGGCAUUUACUGAUUGUCUUCGGUCCUCCAGGUGCUUUGGGUGCUUUGGGUCCUUGUGGUAAUAAGCUUUCACCAAUUCAAUUGCAAGGACUGGCUGGAUCUUGUUUGGAUGUCCAAUGUGAAUUUGAGCCCUUUCCAGGAUUUAACAGCAGCAAACCCAUUUACGCAAUAUGGAUGAGAUAUUUUCCGAAUUUGACAACAAAUCAAGUUUUUUUUAACAGCAGUGGUUCAAUUAACACCCGUCAAAUGGAAAUAACUGGAGAUUUGACAAGUAACAACUGCAGCACUCGGAUUUCUGAUUUAACAGCAACUCAUAGAGACAAGUACAUCUUAAGAAUUGAGAAUGAGGGAAUAAAAAAGACAUUUUGUGAAAAUUUGGUGAUAGUAACAGUUGUAGAAACUGCUUGGGCUCCCACCAUUGAUGUUUCUCGAAGUAAUCUGAAGGAGCGUCAGUCUGUAACUGUAUCCUGCUCAGCUUAUACUCCCUGUGUACACUCACCUCCUGAACUCACCUGGAAUCUCAAAAGAGACUCUAUCGGAGAAGAAUUCGGGAAAAAUUAUGGAACCCAUUUCACUAGAAUCAACAAUACCAUCAAGCUUACAUACCACCAUGAUGGAUUAAACAUCAGCUGUUCUGCAAGAUAUCCUGUAAAAGGACGAUUCAAACAUUCACGAGAGUCAGUAAGGACUCUCAAUGUUUCAUAUGCUCCUAAAAGAACCGCAGCAUCCAUCCGUCCAUUAUCUGUAGUGUCAGUAGGUAACUUGGUGGAGCUGAUCUGCUUCAGCAGAGCCAAUCCUCCACCCACAUUCGCCUGGUUCAAGAUCAUCGAAGUUGACCCCGUUAACGACUCUUCAGUGUACAGCAUGAUCUUCACUGAAACUGAGCGAGGAGACUAUUUCUGUGAGGCCAGCAAUGACCUUGGUACUGAGAGAUCGAACGGCAUCUGUCUUGACCACAUUGAUUUUCCUGUGACUCUCACUAUUAAUAUCCCUUUUGGUGAUCUGAAGGAGCAUCAGUCUAUCACUGUAACCUGCUCAGCUUCAACUCCAUGUGCAUUCGCACCUCCUGAACUCACCUGGAAUCUCCAACAAGACUCUAUAAGACAAUUAGAGGGAACCACAGAUGGAACCUUUGUCAGUAAACUCCAGGAGACCAUCAUUCUGUCAGACACACAUGAUGGAUACAACAUCAGAUGUUUUUCCAAACGUUCAGCGUCUGGAGGAAACAAGACAACAGAGACAGAAGUGACUCUCAGUGUUUUAUAUGCUCCUAAAGACACCUCAGCAUCCAUCAGUCCAUCAGGUUUGGUGUCAACAGGUAGCUGGGUGGAGCUGAACUGCUCCAGCAGAGCCAAACCUCCACCCAGAUUCACCUGGUUCAGGCUCAGCGGAGGUGGAGCGAUUGAACUAUCUGAAGGGCAGGUUUACAACUUCAGUGUUACUACCACUCAAGAAGGAGAAUAUUACUGUGAGGCCACAAAUGAGAUAGGGAGUGAGAAAUCAACAGGCAUCUGUAUUGGCAUCAGUGAUGCUCUUUUGACUGCAAACAUUAAUAUCCCUGUUGAUGAUCUGAAGGAAGGCCAGUCUGUCACUAUAAGCUGCUCAGUUUCAACUCCUUGUCCACAAAUUGAACUCACCUGGAAUCUCAAACGAGACUCUCUCAGACACACAGAGGGCAACACAGAUGGAACCUUUACAAAUAAAAUCCAGGAGAUUAUCACUCUGUCAGACACACAUGAUGGAUACAACAUCAGAUGUUCUGCCAGAUAUCUUGUGAUUGGAGGAAUCAAGACAGCAGAGACAGAAGUGACUCUCAGUGUUUCAUAUGCUCCUAAAGACACCUCAGCAUCCAUCAGUCCAUCAGAUUCGGAGCCAGAAGGUAGCUGGGUGGAGCUGAACUGCUCCAGCAGAGCCAAACCUCCACCCAAAAUCACCUGGUUCAAGACAGGCCGCGAAACAAUCAAGAAAGUAUCUUCAGACAGCAUUUUCAAGAUUAAAUUCACUGGGGGCGAUGAGUACUACUGUUUAGCUUCAAAUAAGCUGGGUAAACAGAAAUCAUCAAUGAUCAGUCUCAAAUCACAAGGUGGAAGUGGACUUGGAGUCUGGAUUUUUGCAAUAAUAGGGGUCUUGGUAAUGAUAGCUGUUGGCUGUGCAGUCUUCAUCCUUGACAACUACUUCACUUCCUCCUCGUAGUAUUAGUCAAGCUCAUGUGUUGCGCUCGUGUGCAACACUAAAAAUAAAAUGCUGCAACCCGCUUCA